CCAGGGGCCUGGGGCUGCGCCGGCUGCGGCCUCGUGGACAGAGCCGGCAGCAUGGACAGCCUCUUCGUGGAGGAGGUGGCCGCCUCCCUGGUCAGGGAGUUCCUCAGCAGAAAGGGCUUAAAGAAGACGUGUGUGAUCAUGGACCAGGAACGCCCGCGCUCUGAUCUCAGCAUAAACAGCAGAAACGACCUCCGCAAGGUUUUGCAUCUUGAAUUUCUCUACAAGGAGAACAAAGCAAAGGAAAAUCCUCUGAAAACAAACCUUGAACUCAUUACCAGAUACUUUCUGGAUCACUUUGGAAAUACUGCUACCAGUGUCACUCAAGAAACUCCAAUCCCUGCACUCUCAAUUCCAAAGAAAAAUAACAGAUUACCGUUGAGAUGCUCAGAGACCACGCUGGUGAAUAUAUACGACCUUGCGGAUGAAGAUGCAGGAUGGAGAGCAUCGUUGUCAGAAACAAGCAAGGCCAGACAUGACAAUCUUGAUGGGGAUGUGCUCGGUAAUUUUGUAUCAUCCAAAAGGCCCCCACACAAAAAUAAGCCCAUGCAGACUGUCCCAGGUGAAAGCCCUGCUGUGGCCCCUGCCUGGGAGAAAAUGGAAAAGCUUCAGUCAUCAGAGCCUUCCUUGGACACGAAGAGGAUGGGAGAGAAGGUCAGGCCAAAGUCUGGCCCGAUUGUCCGAGGUGUGAUGGCUGGGCCCAUCGCCAGCUCCCCACAGGACUCCCUCCGCAAACGCUCCCUGAGGCGGUCCCCGGCCUUGAGCAGCAUCACCCAACCCCACGAGGAAGAGAGCGGGAAAGCGCCCGAGCUCCCCGCCCGCACCCCCGCGUGUCCUGCCCCACAGGAGGGCCUGGCUUCCAGCCCCGGCUCCACCUCCAGGAGCCCCCGGGGCCAGCUCAGUGAGCUGACCUCAGAAAGGCGGAGAGCCACGCCCGGCAGCCCUCCUCUCUCGGCCAGCAAGGGGCUGCCCCAGAGCGGGGGCGGCAGGUGCAGAGAUCCGUCGGAGGACAGCCCAGCUGCGGACUCCGAGGCCGACGGGACGCCCUUGAAGUUCCCCUUGCCGGGGGGGAAUGCCAGGAUGACGCAGGAGAGGCUGCAAAGAGCGUUCAAACGGCAGGGGAGCCAGCCCCCGCCCCUCAGGAAAAAUCAGCUGCCCGUGUCCCACAAGACCGAUGAUGAGCUGGCUGUCCUGCAGCUCGAGGAUGUGGAAGAUGAAUUGGUAAGGGAAGAAGUCAUUCUGUUGCCGGUCCCAUCACUGCUCAAGCUGCCAAUCGUGUCAAAGCCAAUCGACCUCUCGUUGGCAAAGGACAUAAAGACCCUUCUGUUUGGUUCCAGCUCUUGCUGUUUCAAUGAAGAAUGGAAACUUCAGAGUUUUUCCUUCAGUGACGUAGCCUCGUUAAAGUACGGCAUUGUGCAGAACAAGGGUGGUCCCUGUGGGGUGCUGGCAGCUGUCCAAGCCUGUGUCCUACAAAAACUCCUGUUUGAAGGAGAUAGCAGAGCUGACUGCGCUUGGCAGCUGCAGCCAUCAAACACCCACAGGAGCCGCUGCCUCGCCCUGGCCAUGGCGGACAUCGUGUGGCGGGCUGGGGGACACGAGAGAGCCGUGGUCACGCUGGCUUCGGGAACACAGCAGUUCAGUCCAACAGGGAAAUACAAAGCAGAUGGAAUCUUAGAAACACUCACACUCCACAGUUUGACCUGCUAUGAGGAGCUGGUGACUUUUCUUCAACACAGCGUCCAUCAGUUUGAAGCAGGCCCCCACGGUUGCAUCCUGCUCACCGUGUCUGCCAUCCUGUCCAGGUCCACGGAGCUCGUCCGCCAGGACUUCGAUGUCCCGACCAGCCACCUGAUUGGAGCACACGGAUACUGCACACAGGAACUUGUCAAUCUGCUCCUGACCGGGAAAGCUGUGUCCAAUGUUUUCAACGACGUGGUUGAGCUGGAUUCUGGGAACGGGAACAUCAUGCUCCUCAAAGGCAUUGCUGCACGCAGCGACAUUGGCUUCUUGUCUCUCUUUGAGCACUACAAUGUGUGCCAGGUCGGCUGCUUCCUGAAAACCCCGAGGUUCCCCAUCUGGGUGGUGUGCAGCGAGAGCCACUUCAGCGUCCUCUUCAGCCUGCAGCCGGAGCUCCUGCGAGACUGGAGGACCGAGAGGCUCUUUGACCUGUACUACUACGACGGCCUGGCCAACCAGCAGGAGCAGAUCCGGCUGACCAUCGACACCACCCAGACCAUCCCUGAGGACAGAGACAAAGACCUCGUCCCGCCCCUCGAGCUCUGCAUCAGAACCAAGUGGAAGGGGGCGUCGGUGAACUGGAACGGCUCAGAGCCCAUCCUGUGACACUUCAUGUGGGUAGACCCAAUGGCUCACCACUCAUCACUGGGGGUAACAGCUGAGCCCCAGGCCUCAGGGACAAGGCUUUCAGAAGAGUGUCACCCCACCUGGGCCAGCACUGCUGCAGAAGUGUCCGGAACCUCUCUGUCCCCUCCACGAAGGGCCUGCCCGGGACUGUGAUGAGGGCGCAGGGCGCUGCUGUGCGGCUCCGUCCCGGCUGAGCUGUGACUGCCAAGGACUGGAAGGAGGCUGGCCAGCAGGGCCUCUGCCACCUUUUGUCUGCAUCCCUCCCUUGCUCCCUGCUGGGCCAUCCCCUCGCCAAGCCUCUGAUCCGGUCGGCCCCGGGACCCUGAGCACUCGUUAUUUCUGGUAGUUGGCUUUCUAUAAAACAGGAGUCAAACCCA